AUGACUUGGUAUAAAAGUUUGCCAAACGAGUCCAUCACAUCAUGGAGGGCGCUCGGAAAACUUUUUUCCAGAUAUUUCACGGCCUCCCGAAGGCACCCAAAGUCAGAAGCCUCCUUGGAAGCCAUUAUCCAAGGAAAGGACGAGUCUCUACGGGCGUACAUAGAAAGAUUCAAUAAAGAAGCCGUACAGGUAUCCACCACUGCCCAUAUGAAGAAGUUAUUGCUCAGUCGCGGCCUCCGACCACACUCGGACUUCGCUAAAGCCGUCGGAAUUGAAACUCCAGCCACUCUUGACGAAUUCUUCCUCAAAGCCCAAGCCUACAUUCAAUAUGAGGAGAAAGAAGCCUCCCACGCCGUCCGCAAUUCCAGGCACGAAGAGAGCAGUAAAAAUACGCGCCAAGAUGAAUCUCGCCGGGGAACUGACAAAAAGAAAGAUGAUAAAACUCGGGACCCCAAGGACUACAAAGCCCCUGCGGGGAAAUUCCGAGAGUACACCCCGCUGAACGCCUCAAGGGAGCGCAUCUUGAACGAAUGCGCAAACGCCGAGUUUCAGACGGGCAAGGUCCGAUUCCCUAAGAGCAUGCCCGCCCGGCUGUAG